AAAAAAUAUAUAUAAAUUAUAAGCAUGUCUUAAACAAUACAAUAUACGUUAAAAUGUAAAUGUCAUUUUCUAAAAUUGUCAUGCAUUUAUUAAGAAUGUAGUAAACCGAACACGUCAUAAAUUCUCAGAAUUGUCAAAGUAUAGUACCUUUUUAAGAUAUAUGAAAAUAUAUCUUAAGAAAUAAUAUGAAAAUGAUACGAAUAGAUUUACCUUAUUAAAAAGUACGAAGCAAACUUACGAGUAUGUAAUUCCUGAUUUUUAUUUUCAUGCAUGUAUUUUAAAUUUUAUACAAUAUAGAUUUUGCAAUAAAAUUAAAAUGUGACUACGUGCUAAAACAAGGGAAAGAAAUGAACUAUUACUGAUAAAACGUGAAGUUACUUCACUUUGACAUAACAUGAGUAACAAUUAGCUUUAAGUAGUACAUUAUUCUUCUAUUAUAACAAUUUUUACAUUAAAGGCAAAAAAAUGAUGAAAAAUUGUGAACUGCAUGUAGUCAAAUUGGGUACAAAAAAUUGUGAUUUUUAUGCUAGAACAAUAUCAUGAGAAAUUUUCUGUAAUUUUAAGAUAUGUAUAUAAGGAACUUUAGUGCAAGCUAUACUUUUGUAGUAUGCAAUAUGUUCCGGAUUCAUAAAAAACUUUAACAAAGAGAAUAGCAUAAUAAUAAUCAUAGCAGGUAUUACCAUAUUCUUUAUAAGCACCAUACUCCAUUACAUUACAGCUGUGUAUAAAUGCAUACAUAUACUUUAUUUAGAUUGGGGUCUUAAAACACUUGAGUUAAUAAUUGCAUUAUUUUAGAGAUACAAAAUUUUCAUUGCACAGAAUAUUUUACUUGAGGUCAAUGAUUGAGACAAAUAUUUCUGAAUACAAAGUACACAACAUGGUAAUUGAAAGAUUCAUAAUAUCCUAUUCAUUUUUAAAAUUUUGCAACAAGUGGUGCAUUUUAAUUGUAACUUGGUUGUUACAUUUAUUGAAAAUAGUAGUACGACAGAAAUAUCUUUAAGAGAACAUUGUGAUGUCUAUUAUUAGAAAUAACACAAAGUUUCAUGUAUGAAAUUAAUUACAUAAAAUUGAUACAAAGGCUGUGGAAAAGCUAUAUUCGAAAUACAAUACCUAUGCAACAAGAUUGGAAACUUUUAAUAGAAUAAAAUAUCUGUCGUUAUCCCUUUAAUUUAAUACCUUUAAAAGUCUAACAAUGCAAUUACAUAUACAAAAUGAAUACAAGAUAAUAAAAAAUUUUUAAAUUAGACAAAAAAUUUUAAAAAUAGUCAUUCGUAACAACGAGUCCAGUUUCUGAAACAUUUUCCAAACAUACGAAGUUUACAUUAAUUUCAUGUUCAACAAAUUUGUACACAUAACAAAAGCUUAUGCAGUAUUCGUAAUAAUAUUUAAAACAUUUCGAUAUAACUCACGUAUCUUGCCCGUUAAGUGUUUUUAAUAACGAAUGUUCGAAUACUUGCACCAAUUUUCACGAUUAAUUAUAAUACGACAUUGUGCAACCCAACCACAGAGUAGCAGAGAAUAGGUGAUGGUAAGUGACGGACCUGACGACGGUACCAGGUACCAGGUCCAACUCAAACGAUCGUGUAGCUAACAGAAAAUGCAGACAAUCUGCGAUCGUUUGGGUGGAAACAUCAUUACAUCGCAUCACAGAGUAUUGGAUUACUGAAUGUUAAGUACUUUGGAGUACUUUGUUGAUUAACUUAGUGAAGACACGACUUAAUUUUUUUUUUAUGUACGCGCGAUAAAUGGCAUGUGAUUAUCAUUUUUUUCUUCCAUUUCCCGAUAUUAAACAUUAAAGGUGGCGUUGCCGAUGCUUCCAACCACUUCCAAGUUCCAACGUUAGUAAACGUCGCUUGGUCGCUUCUACAUACAUAUAUACAUGUUGUAUCAGUCAAGAUUAAAGCAUGUGAUCCUGCCUUCAUUGUAGAUAAUACGAAGCUGCGAAAAUGGCGGACGAACAGGAAGUACGGCAGCUGGAGUUGCUAUGCAAGCAGUUGUACGAAUCACAAGAUUCUGCGCAUCGUGCAGAAGCUGAAAAAGCACUUGUUGCUUUUCAAAAUGCACCAGAUACACUUACAAAGUGCCAGCUGCUACUCGAUCGAGGAGAUUCUGCUUAUGCUCAAUUAUUAGCAGCCACUACAUUGACAAAAUUGAUUUCACGUUCUGCAGGACUCAGAUUACAACAACGGCUUGACAUACGAAAUUACGUUCUCAACUAUUUGGCAACUCAACCAAAAUUACCAAAUUUUGUGAUACAAGCUUUGGUCACAUUAUUUGCUAGGAUAUCUAAGCUUGGUUGGUUUGAUUCUGAUAAAGAUGAAUUUGCUUUUAGAAAUGUGGUCAGUGAUGUAGCAAAAUUUCUUCAGGGAUCAGUGGAACACUGUAUGAUAGGAGUCCAGUUACUUUCUGAACUGACUUGUGAAAUGAAUCAAGUAUCGGAUGUUGACGCAAAUAGGUCUCUCACAAAACAUAGAAAAAUUGCCAGUAGCUUCAGAGAUACACAGCUAUUUGAAAUAUUUAAAUUAUCGUGUACUUUAUUGAGUACUGCAUGCGAGAAUUGUAAAAAUUUAAAUUUUACCGAUGAAGCACAACAUGGUCUGAUCAGACAGCUUCUAAAACUGGCACAAAAUUGUUUAACAUUCGACUUUGUUGGAACAUCAACGGAUGAAAGCGAUGAUCUCUGUGCAAUACAAAUUCCAAACAACUGGAGACCUAUAUUUCUGGAUUCUACAUCGUUAAAACUUUUCUUUGACCUAUAUCAUAAUCUACCCAACUCAUUGUCACCUUUGGCCCUCUCGUGUUUGGUCCAAAUAGCAUCUGUCAGAAGAAGUUUAUUUUCAAAUCCAGAAAGAGCACAAUUUCUAAAACACUUAAUUAACGGUGUGACAAAUAUAAUACAAAAUCCGAGGGGUCUAAGCAAUCCAGGAAACUACCAUGAAUUUUGUAGAUUACUAUUAAGGUUAAAAAGUAAUUUUCAACUUGGAGAAUUGAUUUCGCUUGACAAUUAUCCAGAAGAUAUACAGUUGAUUGCAAAAUUUACAGUUCAAAGUUUACGAAUAUGGCAAUUUUCACCAAAUAGUUUACAUUAUCUUUUAACGCUAUGGCAGAAAAUGGUGUCAUCUAUUCCAUAUGUAAAAGCAGGAGAUCGGCAUUUAUUGGAUAUAUACACACCAGAAGUUGUAAAUGCCUACAUUACUUCAAGAUUUGAAUCAGUUGCAGUAAUAGUUAGGGAACAUUUGGAAGACCCACUCGAUGAUUUAGGAGUGGUACAGCAGCAGCUGGACCAAAUAUCGAUAAUCGGAAGGUGUGAUUAUCAAAAGACGUACACCUUGUUAAUACAACUGUUUGAUCAAGCUGCUAGAACGUAUCAAGAAUCACUGACACGUACAGCAUCUCCAACUCAACAAAUGGAAAUCACUAUAAGAGAGGGACAACUCACAUGGCUUGUGUACAUUAUAGGUGGUGCCAUUGGUGGAAAAGUAACGUUUAACAAUAACGAAGAGUACGAUGCGAUGGAUGGUGAAUUGGUCUGCAGAGUACUUCAGUUAAUGAAUUUGACUGACUCAAGACUUGCACAAGGUGGCUGUGAAAAAUUGGAGUUAGCAAUGUUGAGCUUCUUUGAACAAUUUCGUAAGAUAUAUGUAGGUGAACAAGUUCAAAAAAAUCCUAAAGUAUAUAGAAGACUAUCGGAUGUUUUGGGCGUGAAUGACGAAUCUAUGAUACUCGGUAUUCUGAUCCGAAAAAUAAUAACAAAUUUAAAAUAUUGGGGCCGUAGCGAACAGAUUAUUUCAAAAACAUUACAGUUAUUAAAUGAUCUGUCUGUGGGUUAUAGCUGUGUUCGUAAACUCGUAAAAUUAGAAGAAGUACAAUUUAUGCUCAACAAUCACACAGGAGAGCACUUUCCAUUUUUGGGAAACAAUGUUCCUGUAACAGAAAUGCGUUGUAGAUCGAUGUUCUAUACAUCCUUGGGUAGAUUAUUAAUGGUAGAUUUAGGAGAAGACGAGGAAAGGUUUCACACUUUUAUGUUACCCCUAACAGGUGCAUUAGAAAGUUUGGGGCAAUUAAUGGGUGCUGCUGAUCCUUCACUUUUUGCAGCAGAAGAAGCGAAAAAAGCAUUAAUCGGCUUAGCGAGAGAUUUGAGAGGUUUAGCUUAUGCAUUUAAUACGUCAACGUCAUACAUGAUGCUCUUUGACUGGAUAUAUCCAAACUACACACCGAUUUUAUUACAUGCUGUGGAAUUAUGGCAUUAUGAACCAGAAGUUACAACUCCCGUCCUAAAAUUAUUUGCUGAAUUAGUACAAAAUAGAAGUCAACGAUUACAGUUCGAUGCAUCUUCUCCAAACGGAAUUUUAUUAUUUCGUGAAGCUAGUAAAGUGAUAUGUAGUUAUGGUAAUCGUAUAUUGAAUGUUGAAGUUCCAAAAGAUCAAAUUUACCCUUUAAAACUCAAAGGAAUAAGUAUAUGCUUCAGUAUGUUAAAAGCAGCUUUAUGUGGAAGUUACGUGAAUUUUGGAGCGUUCAGAUUGUACGGUGACGAGGCACUAGAUAAUGCGCUUAAUACAUUUGUAAAAUUACUUCUUAGUAUACCACUACGUGAUUUAUUGGAUUACCCAAAGUUAUCUACGACGUAUUACGUGUUACUAGAGAGCUUGGCACAGGAUCAUAUGGUUUUCCUCUCCACCCUAGAACCCAGAGUUUUCUUGUACAUUCUAUCAAGCAUCAGUGAAGGCCUUACAGCACUAGAUACAAUGGUUUGUACUGGUUGCUGUGCGACACUUGAUCAUAUUGUGACAUAUUUAUUUAAACAACUGUAUCCAAAAGGAGGCUAUGCAAGAAGGAAAAAUGCUGUAGUUCCGGGAGGAGGAGAUUUAUUCUUACAAGUUUUAAAACAACAUCCUGAGAUUCUUCAACAAAUAUUAAGUACCGUUUUAAAUGUGAUAAUGUUUGAAGAUUGUAGAAAUCAAUGGAGUAUGUCACGUCCGCUCUUGGGAUUAAUUCUUUUAAACGAAGAUUAUUUUAAUCAAUUGCGAGAAAAUAUUAUUAGAAGUCAACCAGUUGAUAAGCAGGCAACAAUGGCACAGUGGUUUGAAAAUUUAAUGGAAGGAAUUGAAAGAAAUUUACUUUCAAGGAAUAGAGAUAGGUUUACACAAAAUUUGUCAAUGCUUAUAAAAGAUAUAAAUGAUACUUUGAAAGGACCUUAUACGUCUACAAACGCUGUCUAUGAUAUGAUGACUAUAUGAUUGUAGCGAUAUCGCUCUCUUUCUAUUAGAUUCUUCUAGGUUCUUGCCUGCCAAAUGCUUGAAUGUGUGUGUGAGUGAAACUAUAAAUUAUGGUGGAUUUAAAAUUAUGGUUUUAGAUGAGUAUAAAGAUAAUAAAUUAAGUACAGUUGUUUUAUAGAAACAUUGUUUGGCUUCCUAUUCUCUCAUAACCUUACUUUGUUUUCCAAAUUCUUUUGAUCUAUGUAAUCAUUUCAAAUUUUAGCGUAACAAAACUCAUUCAUUUUUUAAGCACAUAUGUAGUAUAUUUAUAAUUUUAAUAUUAACGUAAGUAUAUGCACUUUAUCCUAAAUUUAUAGACAGGAAGAAAUAGAUCCUUUUUAUUACCUUUAUACUCCUACCACUUUGAUAUAAUACGAUAAUGGAACAUGUUUAUUCUUGCACGUAUAUUACCUACAAUGAUUGGCAAUAAAUAUAUUACAUUUUGUAGAUCCACAGUUCGUAUACAUUGAUACAUUUUUCAUAGAUAAAUUUGUGUUGAAUGCACAUUACUUUCUGAAAGUGGUUAAAAUAUUAUGAAUCUAUGAUUAAUACUUUUACCUCACUAUUAAUAUAAAAGAUAUAUGUAUGCCUUUCAGCACGCAUUUUUUUAAUUUCCAGUGCCAAGAAUCAGCUUUUAUACAUAUUGUUCAUUAUAUUUACACUUUACUUUAAAUAAAUAACAUAUCGUUUUACUUAUUAAAUAAUAUUGGAAGAUGUAGUAUAGAAUAGGAAGCCAACUAUAUGAAUUACUAUCAUACAUUUUGUUCCAUAUUACUUUUACAUGCAGCAGACUUCCAUUUAUUUAAACGUAUUCAUUAUUUAAAUAUUUUUUAUUAUGAAAUAUAUAUGUCACAAUUGUAUGAACAAUUUUUAACGAUAAUGGUACAAAAUUGAUGGAGUCACUAUAAAGAGAAGUAUUAACGUAUCAAUUAUUUGAGAAACAGAACUACUUAAGUCUUUAUGUUAACGAGUGAAGCAUUCAUAAUACCAUACCAUAGGAGUCGUUAUUAAAUUGAUGACUGUGAAAAUUCCCUUACAAAUGUAUUUUGUUACUAUUAUUACGUAAUUAUAAGUGUCAUUGAUAAUAUUUUAUUCAAACAAAAUCUGUAUCAAACAUAUGUUGCAAAAAACUAUAGUCACCUGACUGUUAACAUGCAUAUUGUAAUUUUCUUGUAUCUAUUUAUGCAAUGCAAAGUACGGUACGGAGUUUUAAAAUUACAAUUCAUUGCACUUCUGUAAAUUAUAAAUGGCUACAUAUUUUUCAACAACUUAAUUUUUUGUAUUAAGGUUAUGAAUAAUGUAUAUUAUUGGCAAACAAAUGUGAAUUUCAAGAAUAAAUACAUUUUCAUUAUACAAAGGCCAAUAAAGUUAUUUUACAAGUGACUAUAACAAUCAUGAUAAACGUAUAUAAGUAGUUUUCAUUUUUUAUUUAAUUCCAUUCUUCUUGCUUGUAUUGUUGUUUUGUUCUAUAUUUAUUUUCUCAUUGUAAAAUGCAUGUUAACAGUAGAAGGUUAACAAUUUUUUAUUGAUAUUAUAUUUUGUACUAUGAAUAAAAGUAUUUCGAUGUUUUUUGUAACUUUGGAAACUAGAUUUUCAAUAUAAAGUCGAAUUUAAUUAAAAUUGAUUUCAUUGUGUAUAGUUUUUUAUACUUGGAUAACAUUUCUUUUGUAGCAAUCAGAUUGUAUGAUAAUUUCAGAAUACAUUUUAAAGUCGAAAAAGCCAUUGUUAAUUUUAUAACAAAGAGUACUGCCAGAUCUAUUUUUCUUCAAAUGCAUCAGUAGUUGUCACUUUGUAUCUUUAUACAAAUUUAUGGUUUAUUUGAACAUUACUAUUGAGGAUUUGUUAAUUCGAUUACAUUGUUUAUUACAAAAUUUCUUUGUAAGGUUAAUUACAACAUUAAGCAGUGAGACAUGAGUACACGAAGAGUACAUGUAAAAAGUUCACAUGAGAGUUCUCUGUAAUAUUAGUUUGUACACAGUUAAUAGUUUGGUAAGACAUAUACUGUUUUUUUUUUUUUUUUUUUACAUAAAACAUCAUUUAGGUUGCAUCUACUCAUUUAUAUGUUUUUUUACUGUAAAAUAGUAGAGAGAAGUUGUUGCUAGAAAGCGACAGAUGUCUUUUUUUUUUAAACAAAUUUUUAGGCACUUUACAUUUAAUAAAUAUUUGUAAAAAUGUUAGAAAAUUACAUUUAUUAACCGACUGUCACAGUUAAAUAUCUACUGUAAACAAUUGUAUUGUAUAUACUUUUGGUAUAGUAAAAAUGUUACAUUUCA